GCGCCCGAAGCUAGAAUUCCUUGGGUAGUCGAGUUUGCAAUUAGCGGAACUCGUUCGAGUGGCCCUGAAGGCUCAUCGAGGCUGCACGCGGCUAGUUGCUAAGCAAAAGAAUCUUUGGUCAACUGCCACCUGAGUCAAAGCAACAGGAACUUUGCAUCAUGCCUCAUAUUGAUAAUGAUGUGAAACUUGACUUCAAGGAUGUCCUGUUGAGGCCCAAACGCAGCACUCUUAAGUCUCGAAGUGAGGUAGAGCUCACAAGAUCAUUUUCGUUCCGGAACUCAAAGCAGAUGUACAGUGGCAUCCCUGUCAUUGCUGCCAAUAUGGAUACCGUGGGCACUUUUGAAAUGGCUAGGGUUCUCUGUAAGUUCUCCCUGUUCACUGCCAUCCAUAAGCACUACAGCAUCCAUCAGUGGCAAGAGUUUGCUAGCCAGAAUCCUGACUGUCUUGAGUGUCUAGCUGCCAGCUCAGGCUCAGGCUCUGCUGACUUUGAGCAGCUGGAACAGAUCCUGGAAGCUAUUCCCCAAGUCAAAUAUAUAUGCCUGGAUGUGGCUAACGGCUACUCUGAACAUUUUGUUGAAUUUGUAAAGGAUGUACGGAAGCGAUUCCCCCAACACACCAUCAUGGCAGGAAAUGUGGUAACAGGAGAGAUGGUAGAAGAGUUAAUCCUUUCUGGGGCUGACAUCAUCAAAGUGGGAAUUGGUCCUGGCUCUGUCUGUACAACUCGGAAGAAAACUGGAGUGGGGUAUCCACAGCUCAGUGCAGUGAUGGAGUGUGCAGAUGCUGCUCAUGGCCUCAAAGGCCAUAUCAUCUCAGAUGGAGGCUGCAGCUGUCCUGGGGAUGUGGCAAAGGCUUUUGGGGCAGGGGCUGACUUUGUGAUGUUGGGUGGCAUGCUGGCCGGGCACAGUGAAUCAGGUGGCGAACUCAUUGAGAGAGAUGGCAAGAAAUAUAAGCUCUUCUACGGAAUGAGUUCUGAAAUGGCCAUGAAGAAGUACUCAGGAGGUGUGGCUGAGUACAGAUUUCUGGCGGAUGCCAUGCAGGAAAAGCUGAAGUAGGCAACUGAGCUCCCUGGAGAUGGCCCUCCAUCUUGCUUGACUACAAUGGGUGCUCUCUGGCUCUAGGGAUGAAACUCAGCUCCUCUGUCCUGCUUGGCAGACACUUCCCCUGCUAACCUGUCUCCAGCCUUCUGUGCUUUUCUUUCUUGUGGUGAUGCUACUGAGAGCCUGCUGCGCUCUACGACACAGGGAUGGACUUGAAGGGGGCACUGAGGGAACGAAGAAAGGACAGAAACGCAGACACAAGUACAGAAAGGCUGGAAUCUGGUGGGCGGUGUGCUCUGAUGGACGCACCAACAGUAACAGCAACCCUGAAACCCAGUGUGUUUCUUUAUGGAUCGCGGAGGCGGACUAAUUAUAUACAGCUGAACAAAAAGGCAUGCGUAGCAAAUCUCUGUAGGAGUCUCUACACGGAAGCAGUCUCCUACUGCAGUUGUCCCAGAGGCCAUGGGGACUAGUACUUUCUGCGCAUACUUAGCAUUCACGCACCGCGCCCAAGGGAAGUCUCUUGUCAGUUCCUUGAGCCUGACCUGGGGAAGGCUUUGCCAUUUCCAUGAGUCUGAGACAUUGGGGUCCUUAUCAUGGCUGUGUUCAUGUCAAACCAUAUACAUUCACUCAGGACUUAUCUGCUCCCCACAGUAACUUCUAAGUUGCUUCUAUUAUGAACGGAAAACCAAGUCCUCUUCCCUGUUAAGAUCGGCUACUCUUUCUGGGCACCAUAUGGUGUGCAUAUCAUCUGUCUUCACUGCACGAUGAGUUUAGACAUCCAAGCCAGAGCCCUUACCUCUGUCCUUCCUCCUCUGAAAUCUAACUGAUCACCAAUCAGUUCUGCUUCUACAACCAAGGCCACCCUUCUUGUCUACUAUUUCUUCUAUUUCAGGUUUGCUGUCUUUCAUCCUAAGGGGACUACACUCUAUAUCCAGCCCAAAGAUGCUUUGAUUUUUUUUUAUUCCUUUUUUUUUUUUUGUCAUAUUGGUUUCAUUAAAACCUGGUGGACUGAAAAACUGACCAUACAUCCUUAACUUAAAGGUCCCCUUUGCAUUGGAAGAAAGUCCAGCUGUAAGACCCCCGAAGCUGGGCCUCCUCUCAAGUCCCGGGAUGAGCUGGCCAGCACCCCAAUGACGCUAGAGAAAACCACACCUGAUGCAAACUGCAAGAGGUUUUAUUAUCAGCUAGCUGAGGACGAACUCCUUCAGCUGUGCAGGGCAGGGGAGUUUGACCCCAAGCAGUAAUAGUAGGGGGCUUUUAACAGCUAGCUGAGGAAUUGGGAGGAGUUGGGAGGAGUGUUCUUCUCUUCCGUAUGUCCUUGGUAAAAUUACAUUUAUCGCAUCUCUGGCUGUAAGGCUCAGAAACAAAAAGGCUUUUUGCUGGCUAUAGAGAACAAAGAGCUUCUUUCUGGCUGUAUUUUUAGAGAUCAGGGAAAACAAGCUUGGGGAACGUCCAGGGGCUUUACCUUCCAGGGAGAAACACUCUAAGUCAGGGUCUCACACAACCAUGGUAGUCUGUCUGUAAUUCCAGCAGCACUUUGUCUUUCAGGCCAACCAAGUGUGACAUGAGAUUCUCUCUCUCUCUCUCUCUCUCUCUCUCUCUCUCUCUCUCUCACACACACACACACACACACACACACACACACACACCACACACACUAAGGCCCAAAUCCCCAAAAAGAUGGCAAGAGAAUUUUUUGCAGUGCUGGAGAUUGGACCCAGGGCCUCAUGAUGCAUGUUUGGCAAGUACUCUGCCACAGAGAUCCUCAAAACAGUCUGCAGAAAGAACUUUGACUGACCUGGCCAGGCUGUCUUCAGGCUUAUUUAUCCCUUGCCUCUGUGCUUGCCUACACGCCAGCCUUCGGCACACCGCAUCUUCCCAGUGUACAUGUCUUCAUGUUUCUUUACACAUGAGGAUAAUCAACCUAGGGCAUCACCUAUGCCAUGCAAGAAUGCUAACCAUUUUAGUAUACCCCUGGCUUGUUCUGAUAACUGCCUCCAUGUAGCCCUCUUGCUCAAACAAGGAAGGUUAGGCACUCUCUAGGCCCCUUAGCAUCCUGGGCGUCUUUUCACCACCAUGGCCAGAUCAGUUCUCGUCAUGCAGAGCUCUUUUCAUGACACUGGUGAGUGGUCUUCAGAAUGAAGACGUUUGGGACAGAGCCACACACAUCUAAGGUUAAGUCAUCCUUCGCUACUCUAGCCCCUUAUAUAAAAGCCUCUUAGUAGUUGGGGGUUCGGUAGAUGGCUCAGUGAUUAAGGGCACUUAAAGCUUGGACUAUGAUGCACAGAUUGUGAAGAGAGACUUUGCUAACAAGCCAAUCAAUCAUACAGAGUAUGCAGAGGACCCAGCUUUGGUUCCCAGUACCCAGAUGGUGGCUCACAAUCAUCUGUAACUCCAGUUCCAGGGGACCCAAUGCCGUCUUCUGAUCUCUAAGGGCACCAGGCAUGUGCACACAUGGUACAAAUACAUACACGUAGGCAAAACAUUCAUACACAUAAAAUAAUCUCAGCAUGUGCACAUAACCGCUCAUCAUCCCAUAUCUUUUUUAUUUAUAUUAUCUAUUUUUAAGAUAAGGGUUUUGAGUGCAGACUGAGCUGGAACUUGCCAUGUAUCCCAGGCUGGCCUCAGAUUUGAAACCUUCCUGCCUCUGCCUGCCAAAUGGUAUGACUGCCAUCCCACCAUCCGAUCUUCUGGCUCCUUUAUAGAUACUUGUGAGUAUGUGUGAGGGUCAUAUGCAUACUAUAGGAGGUUAGAGGCAACUUGCAACUAUUAGUUCUCUCCUUCCACCAUGGGAGGAUCUGGGGAUCAAACUCAGUACUCGUCAGGCUUGACAGCAAGUGCCUAACCCACUGAGCCAUCUUGCUGACCCUUCUGUGUGUGUGUGUGUGUGUGUGUGUGUGUGUGUGUGUGUGUGUGUGUGUAUGUGUGUGUGUGUAUAGUUGGGAAGCUGCUCUUGGGUGGAUGAGUUCAUUGGCUCCAAGGACCAAGAUCAGAGAAGUUGCCAUGGGGAAGUGGGAGGGGAUAGAGGAAGAAGGGAAAAAGGGAAAAGCACACAGAAAGAAGAGGGCAAGGAAGAAGAGGAAAAGGAGGAAGAUGAGAAGAAAGAGAGAGAGGGAGAGAGCGAGAGUGCCUUUUAGAUAUUUUAAAACAUUUUAAUAUUACUUAGCAUUAAAAAAUCAUCAGAAAAUAAGUCUGUUCCUUUUUUAAAAAGUUAGUUGCUUUAAAAACAAAAAGCAAAAACAAAAACAAAACCCAUAUAUCACUAUGUAGCCUUGGCUGAAUUGGCCUCCCGUUUCUGUUUCUGGAGGGCUGGCUUUAAAGGAAUGCCCACCACAUCCAGCUACAUCACUUACUUUUUUUUUUUUUUUUUUUUUUUAGAUUUAUUUAUUUAUUAUAUGUAAGUACACUGUAGCUGUCUUCAGACACUCCAGAAGAGGGCAUCAGAUUUCGUUAUGGAUGGUUGUGAGCCACCAUGUGGUUGCUGGGAUUUGAACUCGGGACCUUCAGAAGAGCAGUCGGCGCUCUUAACCACUGAGCCAUCUCGCCAGCCCCCAUCACUUACUUUUAAAGUCAUGUGAAAACUGCUAAUUUAGAGUCAGCUUACUGUUAAUUCUCAAAUCCAAAACAAACAGCUAACUGGGGUACCUAUUUAGCCUAUCAAAGUAAACCCGGCCUCUAGGUUUUCCUAGUGUCCCUCAGUCCCUAUCCUUUGCAGGGUAUGGCUGGCAUACUCCAUUCCUUACCCUGACUUCUCCAGCCCAGGGGCUGGGCUGCCCUUCCCCCUGCAGCUGUUCUCUAUAGAAUUCAGCCAUUUUGGCUACACUGGCCCUUUGUACCCUUUACUUUCCUGGCCUCGUGGUCUUUCAGUCUCCUGCCUUCCUCUGACCUCUCUUCUCAGGGUCAUGUUUGCUCUGGACUCUUCCCGGAUGUGUCUGCCUCUGGCUAUGCUCUCCCUCAGAUCUUCCUCAUAUCGUCUCCCCCACCAUACCUAGGAUCACUCAUGCCCUCUUUUUUUUUUUUUUUAAUUUCUUUUUUUAUUCACUUCCGAAUUGACACUAUGAAACACCUGAGGCCAUGAAUACGUAACUGGAAGAGUAACUUUUAUUCCCCUGAUGUAAUUGUCAUCUUGGAAGCUGACUGCGUUGUCUGCUAACCUGGGUCUAGUCCUGGCAGCUUCUAGACUCUGUACUAUCUAAUCUAGGCCUAGAAUGUUCGCAGCCUCUGAGACCUAUUGCUGAAUAAUCUCCCCUUCCUAGCUCUUUCUGAACUCUGGCUGGCUGGUCAGCUCAGCUGCUCGGACUCCUCUCCAUGCUGACUGACUCAGACUGGCUUCUUUCAGCUUCCGACUAAGUUGUGCUGCUUGGCUUCCCACUACCUUUGGCAAUUUGUUCUAAUCUUCUGGCUUCACAUUCUCUGGCUCACUCCUUCUUCACAUGCGUCUGGCUUAUUCUCUCUCUGCAGCCUGUGUCUGUACGACUGUCCCAGUAAAACUGCCCUCUCUCCCCUGUGCUGCUUCCUCUUAACUCACUUCCCUUUCCUAUCUGUUCUCACCAGACUUGGGUAUACCCUGUUCUGUCAAAUCUUUCUCUGAUUCGUCACUUUUUCUGCCACUCAGACAUCACUUCCAAACUUGGUGCUUCCUUGUGCAAACUAAGUUUACCUUCAUUGUUUGGGAUUAUAAGUAUGCACUAAGGGCAUGUCUGUAUUCCAGCCAGAGUAGCCAUGUGGCUAGAUUAAAAAUCCCUCUACACACAACAUUCCAUGAAAAAUGCAUGGGGGCUGGAGAGAUGGCUCAGUGGUUGAAAGCACUUGUUGCUUUAAUAGAGAACCAGUGUUCAGUUCCCAGUAGCACAUGGUAGUUCACAGCCUGCUUCAACUCCAGUUCCAGGGCACCGGACAGUCUCUCCUAAUCUCCACAGGUACCAGAACACACAUGAUAUGCACACAUACAUACAUAAAAUAAAUUGAAAAGGAAAAAAAUAUAUUUGAGCCAGAUAUGUGAGCUUUUAAAUGGCACUUGGGGAACUGGGGCAGGAGGAGUGCAAGGUUGAAGCAUGGACUGUGAUAGGCAGAUUGGAAAAAGAGAAUCUGCUAACAAGUCUACCAUACAAAGAAUUGGAUAUAUGCCGUGAGCUACAGAGAAAAGGAACAGACAGGGAAAAGGAGUUUAUGUAGGUGUUUUUAAAUGGAGUGGUAAGGAGGGUCCCAUCAACCUGGACCACAAA